UCCUUCCUUCUACCCUCCUACCCUUUGCCAUAGGCUAAAGAGCACCUGGAAGAAAGGUCAUUAAGCUUUCUGCUUGGGGCUUGUGUUUGCCGCUGAAAGAAAAAUUGACUGAGGCAGCCAGGUUCCGGGCCCCUGCUCCAAAUCCCAGUUAAUUUCAAGAAUUGGAUGAAGUCAAGAUCAAGUCUGAGCCAGCAUGGCUUCUAUAUUUCGGAGCGAGGAGAUGUGCUUGUCCCAACUGUUCCUGCAGGCAGAAGCAGCAUACUGUUGUGUAGCAGAACUUGGUGAACUGGGAUUGGUUCAAUUUAAAGAUCUAAAUGCAAACGUGAACAGCUUCCAACGAAAAUUUGUGAAUGAAGUCCGAAGGUGUGAGUCUUUGGAGAGAAUCCUUCGUUUUCUAGAAGAUGAGAUGAAAGAGGAGAUUGUGAUCCAGAUACCUGAGAAAUCCCCACAGACACCUCUGCCUAGGGAAAUGAUUGACCUUGAGAUCAUUCUGGAAAAGCUGGAGGGGGAGCUUCAGGAAGCCAACCAGAACCAGCAGGCUCUGAGAACCAACUUCUUGCAACUAACAGAACUCAAAUAUCUCCUGAAGAAAACUCAAGACUUCUUUGAGACCGAAAGCAGCUUAACUGAUGAUUUCUUCACUGAAGACACCUCUGGCCUCUUGGAGCUCAGGAGCGUCCCUUCAGCAGUGGCUGGGAAAUUGGGGUUCACAGCUGGUGUCAUAAACAGGGAGAGAAUGGCUUCCUUUGAGCGUCUUCUGUGGCGGGUUUGCCGAGGAAACAUCUAUCUGAAGUACACUGAACUGGACAUUCUCCUUGAGGAUCCUGUCACGAAAGAAGAGCUGAAAAAGAACAUAUUUGUCAUAUUUUAUCAAGGGGACCAACUGAAAAAGAAGGUCAACAAGAUUUGUGAGGGGUUUAGGGCCUCUGUUUAUCCUUGCCCUGAAGCGGCUGCUGAGCGAAGAGAAAUGUUGGCCAAUGUCAAUGUGAGGCUGGAGGAUUUAAAUACUGUCAUUACCCAAACCGAGUCACACCGUCAGCGACUGCUACAGGAAGCGGCUGCCAACUGGUACUCAUGGAGCAUCAAAGUACAGAAAAUGAAGGCCAUCUACCAUGUUCUAAAUUUCUGCAACAUUGAUGUCACCCAGCAAUGUAUCAUUGCCGAGAUCUGGUUCCCGGUGGCAGACACUGUAGCCAUCAAAACGGCAUUACAGCAAGGAGUUGACAGAAGUGGCUCACCCAUUGCACCCAUUAUGACAGCAAUGGAGAUUAAAUCAACUCCUCCUACCUUUAAUAGAAGCAAUAAAUUCACUGCUGGCUUCCAGAACAUCGUGGAUGCUUAUGGAGUGGGGAAUUACCGUGAGAUGAAUCCCACCCCCUACACUAUUAUUACUUUCCCCUUCCUGUUUGCUGUGAUGUUUGGAGACUGUGGCCAUGGAGCGAUCAUGCUGGUUUUGGCCCUUUGGAUGGUCAUGAAUGAAAAAAGUUUGCUUGCCAAGAAGAACACCAAUGAGAUCUGGAAUACCUUCUUCAAUGGACGAUAUUUGAUCCUGCUAAUGGGUUUCUUCUCUAUCUACACUGGCUUCAUAUACAACGACUGUUUCUCUAAGGCUCUCAACAUCUUUGGCUCCUCCUGGAGUGUCCGGCCCAUGUUUACAAAUGGCACAUGGAAUAGUCACUUGGUGGAAACCAAUCCAAUUUUGCAGCUGGAUCCGGCUGUCCCAGGAGUAUUCUCUGGAAAUCCAUACCCGUUUGGGAUUGACCCGGUCUGGAAUAUGGCUUCAAAUAAACUCACAUUUUUGAACUCGUAUAAAAUGAAGAUGUCUGUCAUCUUGGGGAUCGUCCACAUGGUUUUUGGGGUUAUUCUUAGCCUUUUCAACCACAUAUACUUCAGGAAAACUAUAAAUAUCGUUCUACAAUUCAUCCCCGAGAUGAUCUUUAUUCUUUGUCUGUUUGGCUACCUUGUUUUCAUGGUCAUUUUUAAAUGGUGCCAGUAUGAUGUCUACACAUCCCGGAGUGCGCCAAGCAUCCUCAUUCAUUUCAUCAACAUGUUCCUGUUCAAUUACAGUGACCCAACCAAUAAGCCCUUGUAUGCCCAUCAGCAAGAAGUCCAGAGCUUCCUGGUUAUUUUCGCUUUGAUUGCUGUCCCCUGGAUGCUCCUCAUUAAGCCUUUUAUCCUCAGAGCCAGACACCAGAGAUCUCAGGCCCUUAUUACCAAUCAGGACGCCACAAUAGAAAUCGAGGCGGACGGUCAGCCUAAGAGUGUCAGCAAGGAGAAUUCUGCUGGUGCCCAUGGGGAACAUGACAACCAUGAAGGAGAGUUCGAUUUUGGAGAUGUCUUUGUCCACCAAGCUAUCCACACCAUUGAAUACUGCCUGGGUUGCAUUUCCAACACGGCAUCUUAUCUUCGGCUCUGGGCUCUCAGCCUGGCUCAUUCACAAUUGUCAGAAGUGCUCUGGACCAUGGUGAUGAGCAGUGGCCUCCGCCAGAGAAGUUGGGCAGGCCUCAUUGGAGUCUUCAUCAUUUUUGCCUUCUUUGCAGUUCUGACUGUAGCCAUCCUUCUGGUCAUGGAGGGUCUCUCAGCCUUCCUGCACGCACUUCGACUUCACUGGGUUGAGUUCCAGAACAAAUUCUACGCUGGGUGCGGCUACAAGUUUACUCCCUUCUCUUUUAAAGAGAUCCUGGAUGGGACAGCUGAGGAGCAGAACUAAAAUGCUGGUGGUAGUUCCCCAGUGUCCUGGAUCAAGUCUCUCUUUCAAUUCAACUAACAGAGUCUCUUUAAAAAUCGGUCCUGGUCAGGGAGCUCAAUAGAGUUAUUGUUCUGGACUAAUCUGACACAUAAAGCCUUGCUUUAUUUGAUUCUAAGCCUUAAGGUAUGUUAGGACUUAACCAACACCCUAGAGAAAAAGAUUUCUGCUCAUGGGCCAAAUGGAGAGGAAAAGAAAAAAGGUCUUUGGACCUAAACUGAGGUCCUGAUAGUAAAUCGGAUAUACAGGAUGCUAGGGAAACAAGGAAACAGAAGCUCCUUAAUAGAAUAUUUAGAGCAGAAAUGGGGCGUUAGGGAUCACUAAGGCUGACACUGCUCUCCUCUCAUUCUACAGAUUUAGAAACUAGGAGAAGCAAAGGGAAAAUACUUUUGCUAGUGGCGGAGCCAGGACUAUAGAACCUAUAUAUCCUGAGUACCUAGCCAGGGCUAUGUCUAUUCUACCACACUAUUUCUCAUGGUCUGUCAAGGAAGGACUUUUGGGUUGUGAUUUUGGCAUAUUAAAGAGGAUAAAUCACCAUUGAA